AUGGAAGAGCAUAGGUCUGUUUACUUUGUUGAUACAGAUGGUAAAAAGAAAUUAUUGACAGAUGAAAUAUGGAAUGCUCUUUCGAGUGGAAGCGAUGAUGAUUUUGAUGAUAGCGAUGAAGAUCCUACAUUUAAUCCUAAUGUUCUCUUCAAUAGAAAUUCAGAAGAUAUUUCUGACAAUAACAAUGAUUCUGAAUCAUCUGAAAAUGAAGUGAAUAUUCAAAACGAAAGUUCGACUUCAGGUAACAAGACAUUAGAGGAAAAAAGUAAGAAAGUUAAAAAGGAAAAAAUUAAACUUGUAUGGAAGAAAAAGUCUUUGCAAGUAAAUCCUGAAAUCAUAACUUUCAGUGGAGAUACACAUGUACAACAGACACCUGAGAAACCUCUGAAUGUAACAUCAUCUGAUAUAAGAAAAUAUUUGGGAAUUUGUAUAUUGAGUUCUGUAUCAAGUGUUAAAGAUUUUAGAUUGUACUGGAAUCCUGCUGUUGGAAUAUCUCUCAUUCAAAAUUCUAUGCCCGUUAACGAAUUUGAAAAAAUAAGAAGAUAUCUUCAUUUCAAUGACAAUAAUGCAUUUUCAACUGAUUUGCAAGGAGGCCAGGAUAAGUUUUUCAAACUGAGACCUUUGAUUGAUGAACUUCAAAAAUCUUUCCUUUCCAUUCCUAUGGAAGAAUGUUUAUGUGUCGAUGAACAAAUGUGUGCUACUAAAGCUAGACACCAUUUAAAACAGUAUAUGCCUGACAAGCCCCAUAAAUACGGUUACAAACUCUUCAUUUUGAGUGGAGUAUCCGGAUUUGCAUACAAUUUCGAGAUUUAUGGUGGCAAAGAACUUGAUGUUGCUAAUAUACUUCAAGAGCCUGAUUUAGGAGCUAGUAGUAAUGUAGUUAUUAGAUUAACUCGUCCUGUUCAAGAAAAUGUUAAUCACAAACUUUACUUUGACAAUUAUUACACUUCUAUUCCUCUGCAAGUAUAUUUGAAGAAAAAGGGAAUUUUAUCUCUUGGAACUAUUAGAAGAAAUAGAAUUCCAGACUGCAAACUUCCAACUGAAAGGGAGCUGAAGUUACAAGUUCGUGGAUCCAUCACUGAAUUUGUGGCUGAAUAUGAUGGCUGUGAACUGUCAAAUGUAUCAUGGAAAGACAAUAAAACUGUCACAAUGCUCUCUACAUUUGCUGGUACAAACCCGGUAAGUGAAGUACAGCGCUUUGACAGGAAACAAAAAUGUCAUGUAAAAGUAAAUUGCCCUUACGUUAUAAAAACUUACAACAAGCACAUGGGAGGUGUGGACUUACUUGACAGUUUGAUUGGAAGGAUUGCAAAGAUUUCCAUUUAUGGGGAUAGACGUAGAUGGAAGGUAAAUAUAAAUCAUGAUUACCCAGUUGUAGAUGGAAGGAGAGAGAACCAAAAAGAUAUUCCAACUCUCGUUGUUGGAGCUAUUAUGACGCAACGCCGUUCGUCCAUUGCAAGUUUUUUUCUUGCGGUGAUUGUCUCGAAAUGGAACGCGGUCAGCGAAAGCGUUUUAUCAGUACUGGAUAGUGGAUCUGAAGAGAUAGAAUCGAGACUGAGACUCAAAACCAGAUUAAUUCAGAGGUCAAAGAAGAAAGAUGUGGAUCUGAAGAGCUUGGAUCCGGGACUAAGACUCAAAACCAGAUUAAAUCAGCGGUCAAAGAAGAAAUAUGUGGAUCUGGAUACUGAAUCUGAAGAGCUCAGAUCCGAGACUCAAAGUCAAAACUAG